GGGCAGGGAAACAGACCUGCACCGAGACAAAAGAAGUGGCACGAGCUGUAUCAAAGGAUUGAGAAAUGUCCAAUGAUGCAGCCUGGACAGAAAUCCCUGUUUGGUGGUGUCAGGAAAUGCUUAUGUGGAUUCCACAUCCAGAAGCAACCAUCUUCUACAAGACCAGAGGCAUCAACCGCAAGUGUUUCCCAGGCUGCUGUGACCUCACCCACGUCCCCUGCUGCAAGUUUUCGCCAGGCUGCUGUGACCUCACCCACGUCCCCUGCUGCACAUGGAGCUAUAGGCCACAAGCAGCGACAACCAAUGAACCUGUCAAUGUUUACCAAGCCAAGAUUCAGUGGGUCACAUCUUGCAGCUGCAAAGCCAAAUCUGGCCAUGGCCAGAAAAGUGACUCAGAAACAAGUCACACAAGACACUGACAUGCCUGGUUCUGCAGUCAGCACGACCAUCUCAGCUGUAGACAUCCAAACCGAGGAACCAGCCCUCAUACCUGAGAUACCGGUGGUUGCUCCUGUAUCUCUGCCCCGUUUGUGGUCAGAGGGCUUCCCACCUGAGGACCAUCGGUGGAUUGCAAAAGCACUGUUUAGGAUGGGGGCAAAGGACAAACCACAGCUGCAGGACAACCUGAAGCUGUGGUACUACCCACCGGAGCUGACCGCUUCUUUGCCCAUUCACUGCUUGUAUGGAUGCCCUCACUGGGGCAGGGCUUCACAAAAGGGCACGGCGGGUCCUGGACAUUGA